AUGUAAUAGCAACUUCCAACCAAUAAUUACGACUUUAAGAGUUAUUAUCAACUUAAUUAUGACUACACCUUAAUUAUGCUACUAUAUUGUUUUGACCUUUGGGAUAUGCCAAAAAUAUUGGACAUUAUUCUGAUCCGAUUAUGGUUUAUUAUAUCGAUGCAUUUUGGCCGUUUUUGUAUCCAAAUUACUUGGCAUUUGUUUUGACAAAUUGCUUGCAUACACCUGACCUGAUAUGGCUUAUGAAGCUGUGGAAUCCCUGCAACAAUCCUUACUCCUAAUCCUUCAACGCCAUGAUCAUCUCACCACUCGUCAUGUGAAACAACGAAUUAUAUCGAUCCACACCAAAGCUGUUGUAUUGCAGUUGAAUCUCAAGCAUUUUCCAGAAAAAGAAACAAUAAUGGAGGUAGUAAAUACAACUGAAGAGAUUAUUGAAUAUCUUUUCUCCCCCCAAAAACUAUCAGAUUGUGAAUCCACAGACCCAACUAUCAGACUGUUGGGGAAAUUGGCCGAGGAGAUCGAUUCAACAGUAGGAUGCGUGGUUGACUACUGCAAGAGCAACGCCGUGAGUUAUUCUCCUGCUGAUAGUGAUAGUUCAUCAUCAAGAUCUACACUCAAGAGUCAAGUUGAAGAUCUGACGGUUGCAACGGAGCUGGUUGUCAAAAUUUCAAACCGGUUGAGGAGAUUAGCGGUGAGAAUAGAGUCUACUGCUAUAGAAUUAGUGGAUGAAGAUCCGAUUGAUCCACCAUCCAUAUCUCCACUCACGAGCAAAGAUGUUGUGGUUAGUUUUAAUGAUAAUCUGAGUGAUUCUGCUGCUGUUACAAGCAAAGAUGUUGUGGUUGGUUUUUAUGAAGAUAUGCAACAGAUCAUGGACCGGCUCGUUCGUGAUGACACACUAGAAAUCCGAGUCAUCCCAAUUGUGGGCAUGGGAGGAAUUGGUAAGUCCACUCUGGCUAAAAUUGUUUAUGAUAAUCAAUUGAUUAAGCAACAUUUUUAUAUUUGUGCUUGGGUCACACUACGUCAAGAUUAUAGUAUACAGAGUGUUCUCUCAAUAUUGCUAGCUUCCCUCAAAGGAAAACUAGAUCUAGUUGGAAGGGAUUCGUUAAAAGCAACUAAAGAAGUAGAGCUUGAAAUUAGCGAAAUCUUAUCAGAGAGAUUGCGUUUCAUGGCAAGUAGAGUUGAAUGGAGUGCGCCAGUUCAGGAUUCGUUGCAAGAAAUUUACAAAAUCUUAUGGGGGAGGAGGUUUCUCACAGUCAUGGAUGGCAUUUGGAGUUUGACGGAUAUUCGAAAUCGCACAGACCAGCUAUUUCCUGAUAAUCUUAAUGGAAGCCGGAUCAUGUUAACAACAAGGCUAAAGAAUGUGGCUGCCGUUUAUGAACCCGUUCAUAUGAUGCAUUUCUUGGAUGACGAACAAAGUUGGCGUCUGUUCCAGCACAAGGUUUUCGGAGAUCAAGAUUGUCCUCUUGAGCUACAAACUGUGGGGGAAAAGAUUGUAAAGGGAUGUGGAGGACUGCCCCUCUCAAUUGUAACUGUAGCAAGGCUUUUAUCUAUGAUUCCUAGAACUCCAAAGUUGUGGCAACAAAUUGAAGCCAAUGCUGAGCAAUUGGGAUCAGUUUUAUCUUUGAGUUACAACCACUUGUCUCUACAUUUGAGAAAGUGUUUCUUGUAUAUGGCAGCCUUUCCUCAGGGUUAUGAGAUCCGUGCCUCUGAACUCAUCAAACUUUGGGUAGCGGAGGACUUUUUGAAGCAUCAAAUAUAUAGAUUUAAUUCUGAAACCGUAGAAGAGGAAGCAGAAAGGAACCUGGAAGAUCUGGUAAAUGCAAGUCUAGUGUUAGUCACAAGCCGGAAAAUUGAUGGCAAAAUCAAAAGAUGCAGGCUGCAUAGUAUGGUGCGGGACUUCUGUGUGAGACAGGCCGGGGAAGAGAAAUUCCUUCUUUCUGUUAUGGACUACUUCCCUACUCCUAUCUUGAGAAGACAUUUUCUUCCACAAGUUCUCCAAAAUCACCACCGUAUAAGUGUUAGUUGGCAUGAUCUACAUCUUAGAGACUUUACACAUAGCUCAUGUACCACUUCGAUCAUAUGCUUCCCACAAAGAGGGUUUAGGCCCAAAGGCUCCGUAGAGAACUUUACUUCACUUAAGGUCCUCCACGUUUUACGCAAAAACGAUCAUUCAUAUUGGGAGCUUGGUCAAGUGUUUGGAUUGAUUGAUCUCACUUACCUUGCAUCCAACAUUCCCGAUAGUAUUGUUCCCCCGGCUAUAUCAAAGCCUCAGAAUCUGCAGACUUUAAUUAUUUGUAGAUCUGAGGUUCGGUUACCUGUGGAGAUUUGGAGCCUGAGGCAAUUAAGACAUCUUAUCGCCUUCUCAUUUUGUCCUUUACUCCUUCCCGAAGGAGUAACUAUUUUUCUAGAAAACUUACAAACAUUUUCUAUGGCAACAAACUUUGUAUGUAGUGAAAGGAUGGUGAAAGUGAUCCCAAGCAUAAAAAAGUUGGGAAUAUGUUACUCUAGAGAUGAGUUUGGCUCAGUCUAUCAUCUUGACAAUCUUAUACAUUUGCUUCAACUUGAGAAGCUAAAAUUGGAGGUGCAUAGUUCUUUUGUGCUAACUCUUGACAAUCAUGGUUUUCCUCUAUCGCUGAAAAAGUUAGAAUUGAAUGGUGAGUGGAUUUCUUGGAGUCGUAUGACGAUUGUUGGUUCGUUGCCUAAUCUUCAAGUGUUGAAACUAAAGAACUAUGCUUGCUAUGGGAGACACUGGGAAACUAAUAAUGGAGAAUUUGUCAAUUUGAGACUUCUGCUUAUUGAUAAAUCAAAUCUGAAAUGUUGGAGAACUGAUCGAAGCCACUUUCCAAGUCUCCUGUGCCUAAUGCUUUAUCGUUGUCCAUACUUGGAUGAGAUUCCAAAGGAUAUUGCAAAUAUUCAAGCGCUGGAACUGAUUGAGAUCGAUGAUCAUAACCAUUCUCUUUUGCACUCGGCAAAAAUUAUACAAGAGGAACAACGGGAAGUAGGAUCAGAUCACCUAAAAGUUGUUGUGAAGCGUUCUUGACGUCUUUCAAACUUGACUGUGUGCUUCAUAUCAGGUGCGUGGCUUUGUGGAGGUAGUUUAUUUGAUAUUUCACUGGAAAAGAGGCUGAGAAUAAAAGGUGCAAUGGUGGGUGAUGUUUGCUGAAGUAUGAAUGGUUGAUAAACUCUUACCUGUUUGCAAGCUAUUUCAAAUAAAUGUACAUAAUAGAUAUUGUGUUAUCAUGUAUUUCUCAAA